CCAAACAAAAAUAAAGAACAACUACAACGAACCCAAAAAUGGGAGAGAAACUCAGCAAGAUGACCCGACCCGAAACCCAGGCAGAACCAAAACCCAGUGACCAGUCGCAGCCGCCACCACCGCCUCUCCAUUCGGAGGUAGAAGACGACGAUGAGAACGUGAAGCAGCUCAAGGAGUGUUCUGCUCUCUAUCUUUCCUUACAGGAUUGCCUUAUCAAGAAUGAUAGGAAUUGGAAAUCUUGUCAAUUGGAAGUUCAAGCCUUGAAGCAAUGCAAUGAGAGGAAGAAGAAGAAUGACAAAGAAAAGUGAGAUCAUAGCAAAGAUGAGUUGCUGACAUCAAAUUCCCUAUUACGUACCAUUUUCGGAUUUUGUUGUUUAAAUGGAUCUAUAAAUGAAAUUGUUAACGACUCUGAAAUAUCUCUGCAUUUCCAGUGUUCUGA